UCAAAAAGCUGCGUACAUCAUAAUUCAGAGGUCAUUGCUAGUAAAACUACCUAGUUGAACGACAAAUUCUUUAUAGAGAUGUUAGGAAUUCAUGCUAGAGAUAUAAGGUUUUUUUGAUUUCUCAAAGCAAAAAAAAGUCUUGUGUGUGCGUGAGCUAUUUGAGAAUUUAACUGUUAGCAAACGUCCACAUUCUGAUGAUGUAAAAGUUUGUUUGAGUUAUAAUUGUUGGCCAUAAACGCAAAAGAAAAAAAAAAUUGCAUGAACUUGGGAAUUUUGUUCUUAGCAUUUUCAUGUUUAAACCAUUUUAAAACGCAUUCGAAGAUCCAUUGUGUCGCCAAGCCGUAAUAGCGUAACAUUUAUCCAAUGGCAUUUUCUCAAUCUGGAAGCUUAACUACACUUGUGAGAAUGCAAAGUGGCAAACAAACGUUUACUUGUGAGGUUUGUCCAAAGACAUUUUCCUUUUUUUCACACCUCAAGAGACAUGCCGUAACCCAUACUGGCGAAAAACCUUAUUCUUGUGAACAUUGUUCAAAGACGUUUUCUCUGGAAUCGAAAUUGAAAUCCCAUUGUAGAACGCAUACUGGAGAGAAACCCUAUGCUUGUAAGUUGUGCUCUAAGAGCUUUACUCGAAUUACGAGCCUGAGGCUGCAUUUGAAAAUCCAUACUGGGGGUAGGGCUAAACCUUACUCCUGUGAGCUGUGCGGUAGGAGCUUUUCUCUCCUUUCGUACUUGAAAAAUCAUUUAAAACUCCAUACUGGGGACAAACCUUAUUCUUGUGAGCUGUGCUCUAAGAGCUUUUCUCAAGUCUCGAGCCUGAAGCAGCAUUUGAGGAUUCAUACUGGGGACAAACCUUAUUCUUGUGAGCUGUGCUCUAAGAGCUUUUCUCAGAACUCGAGCUUUAAGUUACAUUUGAGAACUCAUACUGGCGAAAAGCCUCAUUCUUGUGAAUAUUGUUCAGAAACAUUUUCUCAAAAGUACCAACUAAGGGAGCAUAUGGGAACCCAUACUGGAGUAAAACCCUACUGUGAAGUGUGCUCUAAGACCUUUACACAAGUUUCAUACCUUAAAGCACAUUUGAGAAUCCAUUCCGGCGAAAAACUGUUAUCUUGUGAACAUUGUUCGAAGACGUUUUUUCGGAAAGGGGAUUGGAAAACUCAUGUGAAGAUUCAUACUGGGGACAAACCAUACUCUUGUUCGUUGUGCUCUGGGCGAUUUUCUCGAGCUUCGGCCGUGAAAACACAUAUGAGAACUCAUACUGGUGAGAAACCUUAUUCUUGUGCAGAUUGUUCAGAAGCAUUUUCUGCUAAAGGAAAUUUAAAGAGACAUAUGGGAAUCCACACAGCCGAAGAGCCAUAUUUUUGUGAAUGUUGCUCAAAAAUGUAUUCUCGAAAAGAAGAUUUCGAAACGCAUAUGAGAAUCCAUGCUGAAGAGUGAAGACCAGUGGCGCACACAAGGGGAGGAUCCAGGGGGUCCGAACCCCUCCCGUAGCCCUAAAGUUUUUUUGAUUGAAGAUUAUCCUAUGAAUGUAGUGAGUAAAAUAAUUCCAAGAAAAGCAAACAAUAAUUUCAGAUUUAAUAAAUGAAAAAUUAAAAUUUUUCUUACUUUCUUCUCCUGCAAAAUCAAAUUGUAUACGAACAUA